AUGUUUAGGGCCAGAGUAUUCGUGCCAAUUGGCAGACAGAUUAUCAGAUCGUACUCACAGACAGCUGCACCGCGCAAGCGCUCGUACGUGCCCCUGUAUGUGCUUGCCUUUGCCGCAGGUUUGGGCCUGUCUUACAGGUACUCCGCCCAGGAGGUUGUGGACCAGUUCAUCACUACCCCACUGCCAACGACGCCGCAGGAGACGGAGAAAUACCAGCGGGAACUAGAGAAUAAGCUGAGGCAGGUGCCGAUCGUCGCAGAGCUGUCCAAAGAUCCGAAUUAUGUGGCUAUGCGCGCGUGGAACCAGCUGGACACAGUUAAGGAUGGCAUCCAUCAGAGACUCAACAUGCCUGGAUCCAUUGCGAUUGCGCCAAUCACGUUCCACAACCAGGAGACCGGGGAGUCUGUCAGUGUCAUCCACCUCGGAAAGAAACUGUGUGGAUACCCUUUUCUGGUCCAUGGUGGCAUUAUCUCGCUGGUCAUCGACGAGACGCUGAAAAAACACUGCAUGCUACAAAAUGGGCUGGAAAACCCGGCAAAGGUCCACACGAAAAGCCUGACGUUAAACUAUAAAUUUCCGACGCUGGUCGACAGCUUCGUGGUCAUCAAGUCCAAGGUUGGCCCCGUCGAGAACGGAGAGGUCGAGGUCCGAGGCAUUAUGCUCUCGGGGACGGGUAAAAGAACGCUGGUCAAGGCAAACGCGAAGUUUGUUCCCGAGCGCACCAAGUGGUUCUUUGGCCUGUUUUAG